UUUCUUCUUUUAUUUAUUAUGCCACUUGAAGAAAACACAACAGAACCACGUAGAAAGCGAGCCAAGAUAGUGAGUGCAUGUGGAGAGUGUCGUCGCAAAAAGACAAAGUGUAAUGGUGAGCACCCAUGUCGCAACUGUGAAAAGUCAGGUGUACCAUGUAUCUACCCUUCUGCUUCUACAACAGACGAUAGACGUAACGCACCUAGCAAACAAGCUCUAGAUGCUAUAGAAGAACGACUAAAGACAAUUGAAGACAUGUUGCGCACAAUUAUUAAAGCACAACACCUGAGUGAUGCAGAACAUCCUUUAGUCAGCCAUUUCUUAAGUAGAGACUCAGUACAAUCAUCCUCUUCCUCGGUCAGUUCUCCGCCUAGAAUACAGACAACGCCUCCUCCACUCUCUCCAUCAUUACAGAACAAUCGUUUACCUUCAAUUCGAAACUUGUCUGCUUCUACUUUUUCUGCAAACACAGCUGAACCAAAGUUAGAUACAAGCAGAGAUCUUCCGCCCUUAGGGUUUCAUCAAAAUUAUGCUUAUCCUCACCAUCCUUCAACUUCUACCAGUAGAACAGAAUCUGACGAAUUCUUAAAGAAACGCAAACGAUAAAGUAUGCCUAAUGUCUAUUAUAAUACUAGCUAGCUUUUAUAUGAAUUAUCCCUUAAAUAUAUAUUUUAACAAAAAACAAUUUUUUUUCCAUUGUAUCAUAUAUUACACUUACUUACUUACCAAUUUAAUCAUAAUAAAAAACAAUAAAAAAAUAAAUAAUAAU